AUGAGCUCCAAGCCAACUUCCAAUUUCACGGUGCACACGUCGUUGCUGUUCAACUCGAAGAGCAAAACAUUCGCCAAGAGCAGGUCAAUUGUUGUCGAUCCAACAAAUGGCACCAUCGUGGACGUCUACGAAAGAAAAGAUGAUAGUGAAAUCAAUGUGAACCGAGGCGACAUCGACCUCCGAGGAAAGGUCGUCAUGCCCGGAUUCGUCGACGCUCACACACACGUCUUCCUGCAUUCAUACGAUGAAGCCUCUUCCACCAUCCAGGAGCGCGACGAGAGCGUCGUCGAACGCAUCGUCCGCGCCACAAACCACCUCCGUCUCGCGCUGCUAUCCGGCUACACGACCUACCGGGACCUAGGCACGGAAGGCCUGCGCUCCUUCGACGCGAACCUCCGAGACUGCGUCAACCGCGGCCUGCUGCCGGGCCCGCGCCUCUUCGUCGCCACCGAGUGCCUCGCGAGCACCGGCUCCUACGAGAUCCGCCACGAAAACGCCGCCGUCGCGAUGCCGCGCAUCGCCGACGUCUGCGACGGCGUGGACGGCGUGCGGAGGGCCGUCCGAAGGCGCGUGGGCGACGGCGCCGACAUUAUCAAGUUCUACGCCGACUACCGUCGCAAGGUCAUGCGGUUCCCGCCCCCGCUCGUGCCGCCCGGCGAGGGCCGCCGCGACGUCAUCCCGUUCCCGCCGCCGGACCCGAACCCGGCCAAGACCAUGUUCUCGCAGGAGGAGAUGGACGCCAUCGUCCAGGAGGCCCGGCUCGCGGACAUGCCGGUGGCCGCGCACACCACGACGGCCAAGAGCGCGCUGAUGGCCAUCAAGGCCGGCGUCGACACCGUCGAGCACUGCAACGAGGGCAACGAGGCGGUGCUCAGGGAGAUGGCGCGCCGGGGCACGAUCUGGGUGCCGACGCUGGGCGUGAUGCGGGUCUCGCCGGACUUCGAGGGCAUCCUCGGCCGGGUGAAGAGGGCGCACGAGCUGGGGGUCCGGCUGGCGGCCGGCGGCGACACCGGUGCGUUUCCGCACGGGGAGGGGGCGCUGGAGAUGGAGCUCAUGGUCCGGGCCGGCGUGCCCGUGUUGGACGUGCUGGAGGCGUGUAUGGUCGGGGGUUGGGAGAGUUGCGGGAAGGAGAGGAGCGGGUUCUUCUUUGGGUCUAUCGAGAAGGGAUAUCGGGCGGAUAUCAUCGCUCUCGGGGCGGAUCCGAGGGAGGAUGUGGGAGCGCUGCGCAAGGUUGAUUUUGUGAUGAAGGAUGGUAGGGUGUGGAAGAGGGACGGGCGUCCUGUUGGUUUCUUUGAGGAGGUUGAAAAGGAGGAGUCUCGUGGGAAUGAGGAGGCGGACUGGGUUAUUGUGUAG